GCUCAGCCAGCGCGGCCCAUUUGUUGAAACCUUUUGAGAACCAGAAGAAGCUUGUUUUAAAUUGCGCUUCAAGAAGACCCUACACAUCUCCUUUCCUCUCUCUUCGACUCCGAUUUCAGCUGCCCUGUACCAGGAAGAGUCAUAAGGUGUUUGAUAGAAUGCCAGAGAGGAAUUUGGUUUCUUGGGCCACGAUGAUAUCUGGGUACACAAUGCUGAGGUCUGCUAGGGAGGUUGUGGAGCUUUUUGGAUCACUGUGUUGUGAAGGGGAGAAAGAAAAUGGCUUGGAUGAUGCACUUCAGACAUUUGAAUUAUCAGGUGAUAAGAAUUCUAUCACAUGGUCUGCUAUGAUCACUGGAUAUGCUCAAAGUGGUGAUUCACUGAAGGCACUAAAAUUGUUUUCAACCAUGCAUUUUUCUGGAAUGAUUCUGGAAGUUCCAAUUGGAAGUGCCCUUUCCACCAUGGAUGCAAAAUGCGGGAGCUUGGAAAAUGGAAACUUUGUAUUUAGGAGGAUGCUGGAGAGAGAUGUCAUUUCAUGGAAUGCAAUGAUAUCUAGGCUUUCUCAGAAUGGCCAUGGCAAUGGAGCACUUGAAUUCUUUGAGGAGAUGCUAAUUGAGGGCACAAAGCCAGACUAUUUUACAUUUGUUAAUGUUCUAUCAGCUUGUAGCCACAUAGGAUUGGUGGAUGGACAUCUAAUUUAUUUUGAAAUGAUGUCCAGUAAAUUUGGCAUUGCUCCAAAGGUACGUCACUAUACUUGUGUGGUUGAUCUCCUGAGCUGUGCAAGAAAGCUGAAUGAAGCUGAGGAGUUUAUUGAAUCAGCUAGAAUAGACCAUGGCAUGUGCUUAUGGCAUAUUCUGUUAAGUGCUUGUCGGAACCAUCACAACUAUGAAUUAGGAGUCUAUGCUGGUAAGAAACUAAUGGAGUUGGGUUCUCAAGAAUCAUCUUCUUAUGUGCUGUUGUCUAGUAUUUAUACUGCUCUGGGUAGGUUAUAUGGUGUGGAGAGGGUCAGGAGGAUGAUGAGACUUCGUGGGGUAUGUAAGGAUCCUGGUUGUAGCUGGAUUGAACUGAAAGGUGGUGUUCAUGUUUUUGUUGUUGGAGACCAUAUGCAUCCACAGAUUAAAGAAAUAUGUGAAGAUUUAAGAAUGUUAAGCAAACAAAUGAAGGAUGAAGGUUAUCGACCUUCUCUUGAUCCAACUUAUGUAAUUUCUAGAACUAGUCAGGAAGUCAGCAGUGGAUGUAUUUGAUAAUUUACUCCAUUCCUUUGGUCAAUUCAUUUUUAGGAUGGUUUCUUAAAACCUUUGAGGCCAAUGCUAGUGCACCAAUGCUAGUGCAACGGGCAACUUUUUUGUUGUUGGAGACCAUAUGCAUCCUCAGAUUAAAGAAAUAUGUGAAGAUUUA